AUGGCUAUCCUCGACCUGCUCCGUGCCACUGGGACCGCUGCGUCCGAGAACCCAUUCCAAUCAUUAGCAUGUAUUGCCAUAUUCGUUCCCAUAAUCUAUAUCCUAGCCAACGAAGUCGUUCGGAAGCAAGCGAGAGUUCCUGGGCUCGGUGGACCAACUGGCCUGCCUUUGAUAGGAAACCUGUGGCAGAUUCGAACAAAUGCAGCUGAGAAAUACCGACAAUGGUCUCGUGCUCAUGGAGCUGUCUACCAGAUACAAUUGGGCAAUAUUCCGGUUGUGGUAGUGAACACUGCAGCGUCUGCGAAAGUGUUGUUUGGACAGAAUGCUCAAGCUCUUUCUAGUAGGCCUGAGUUCUACACUUUCCAUAAGGUUUUGUCAAAUACUGCGGGAACUACCAUUGGAACUUCUCCAUACAGCGACUCUUUGAAGCGCCGAAGAAAGGGCGCAGCUUCAGCUCUUAACCGUCCCUCAAUUCAGACAUACAUUCCACACUUGGACUUGGAAAGCAAAGACUUUGUGUCUGAAUUAUUGAGAUAUGGAAGAUCGGGGGAGAAAGCUGUUGACCCAAUGCCAAUGAUCCAAAGACUGUCCUUGUCACUGGCUCUGACUUUGAACUGGGGCAUCCGUAUGGACACACAGGAUAACGCUCUAUUCGACGAGAUCACCCAUGUUGAGGAUGAGAUCAGCAGAUUCCGAAGCACAACGGGCAAUCUACAAGAUUAUGUCCCACUCCUGCGACUGAAUCCAUUCGGUUUCGGUUCGAAGAAAGCUGGAGAGAUGAGAGACCGUCGCGAUGUUUACCUAAAGGCAUUGAAUAAGGGUUUGGAAGACAGAAUGGAGAAGGGAACGCACCAGCCGUGCAUUCAGGCGAAUGUUAUUUUGGACAAGGAGGCAAAGCUCAACAGCGAGGAGCUCACGUCCAUCAGUUUGACCAUGCUUUCAGGAGGUUUAGACACGGUAACAACGUUGCUCCAAUGGAGUAUUGCGUUACUGGCGCAGCGACCAGAUAUUCAGGAGAAGGCUUGGAAAGAGAUUUCCGAGUUCUAUUCGGAUGAGGAGCCACUUUGUGAUCCAUUGGAUGAUCAGAAAUGUGCAUAUAUCGCGGCACUUGUACGGGAAUGUCUCAGAUAUUUUACCGUUCUUCGGCUAGCACUUCCUCGUGCCUCGAUAAAGGAUGUCACCUACGAGGGUGUGGUCAUCCCAAAAGGAACAGUAUACUUCAUCAAUGCCUUCGCUUGCAAUAGAGACGAAGCGGUCUGGUCCGACCCAGACGAGUUCCGUCCAGAAAGAUGGCUGGAGGUCCCAGACGCCCCAAUGUUUACGUACGGCAUCGGAUACCGCAUGUGUGCGGGCUCCUUGCUUGCGAACCGAGAGCUCUACCUUGUGUUCAUUCGGAUGCUCAAUUCGUUUGAGAUUCGAAAGUUUGAUGAUAUCGAUACCCAUCCCGUAUUUGGAAACUCGGAUCCCACAAGCCUGGUGGCCAUGCCACAUAGAUACAAGGCGAAGUUCGUGCCCAGGAAUCCGCGUGCACUGGACAAGGCAAUGAAGAACUUCAGCGUUGUUGACGAGCCUGCGUAA